GAUUGGAAUAAUACCUGUCGAUAGUCAAUGGCCGAUUAUCUCAUUUCUCAAGUGUCAUCGGAAAAUAUACUUGAAAAGUUGUAGAGAGAUUUAUAUUAAAAAAAAAAUACGAGAGAAAGAAAAUUUACACAGUGAUGGGAAUAUUAUCGUGUUGUAUAACAAAAUUCUCCCUUCUAUCGUUUCUGAAAGAUAUCUUUGACGCUUUUGUAAUUGUUCGUAAAUUUUCCAUCUGUGUAUUACACACUUUAUGCCUUCUCCAAUUGGUUUAAAGUUCUCAAGUUCUGUAAAGAAAAAAAAAAUUGCAAACAAAAAAAAAUUGAAAAAAAAUUAAACCUUGAUUUUAUAGAUAUAUAUGUUGUCACGCCCCUCUAAUAAAUAUACCGUUGUAACGGCGAUUUUUCUCUAAUUGAGUAACUCACCUCGUCUAUUAAAGUGGUGAACAUUUUCUUUAAUUGACGCUACUUGCAUUUUAAACACGUUAUUUUCUGUGCGUUUAGGAGAGAGAGAAAAAAAAAGUCAUGAGAUUGGAGAAUUCUUGAGAAAAUUAAAUAUGCAAGGGGGUUGGAAGAGUUUUAUAAAACCACUGUUGACUGUAAGUCAUUGGUUACAUCGUUUACGACGCGAAAGUAAAAGUGAAAAUCAAGGCGAAUGUCCCGAAGGUCCUGCAAAUUUUGAACGAGCCAUUUUAGAAACCGGUUAUGGAAAAUUCAAUUUUCUAUUGCUUUUGGCGUGUUUGCCAGCAGCGUGGGCCAGUGUUUUCUCAUCGACUUCCAUAUCAUACGUGCUUCCUUCAGCGGAAUGCGAUCUUCAACUUACAAUGUUCGAUAAGGGUUUACUAAAUUCUAUGUCAUUUGCAGGAAUGAUAGCCACGGCGUUCGUUUGGGGUUUCUUAGCUGACACUGUCGGCCGUAAGAAAAUUAUGUUUUAUGGCUACUUGUGUACCUCAAUAUUCAGCUUUGCCAGUUGUUUCUCACAAGUUUCUUGGCUUUUAAUAGUAUUUAAAUUUCUAAGCGGUGUUAUAAUCUCGGGUCCAUAUGCAGCACUCAUGUCAUAUUUGGCCGAAAUUCACAGCGAUAAUUUUCGUUCCAGAGUUUAUAUGUGGUUGGGCGUCGCAUUUUCCCUUGGAAAUAUUACAUUGCCAUGUCUCGCUUGGUUAAUAAUUCCACAAUCGUGGAGUUGGAAUCUUUUUAAUGGUUGGCUGGAAAUAAAUUCGUGGAGAAUAUUUUUGGCUGUCUGUUCAAUACCAGAAUUUAUGGCCUGCUUUGCAAUGUCAUUUUUUCCCGAGAGUCCACGUUUUCUCCUGGCAAAAAAACGAACGGACGAGGCACUCAUUGUUUUCAAGAAUAUUUAUUCUAUUAACACGGGUAAACACCCAGAUACUUAUCCGAUCAAGUGCCUAGCGGAGGAGCAGUGCUUUAAGGAAUCCGAAGAAAGUGGAAUUGUACAGAAUAUUCUUCACAGUUGGCAGCAAAUUAAACCACUAUUUCAAUCGCCAAAUGUUUAUAAACUAUUUCUUAUUGCCUCCAUUCAAUUUGGUUGUACUGUUGGUUCAAAUUCAUUGAGACUUUGGAUGCCGCAAUUAUUUUCGAUGAUUGAAACCUAUACAGCGAUGCAUCCGAACAGUAAAGCAGUGACAGUUUGUGAAAUGCUGAGUGGCUCGAAAAAUAAUUCUUUCUCUAGUUCAAAUAAUUCGACUCAGACAAUUUGCACUGAGAAUGUUGUAAAUGCGACAGUUUACAUUAACUCGAUUGUAAUUGCUCUCACGGGAGUCGUCGGGUAUUCCUUAGCCAGUAGCCUAGUGCCAAUAAUUGGAAAACGAAAAUUAAUGGCUUUUUGUUUCAUGGCUGGUGGGACUUGUUGUGGAAUUUUAUUUUGGGCUGAAAAUUCCAGUGGAAUUUUAGGUAUAUCUUCAGUAUUUGUUGCUCUUUCCAGUAUUGGAGGCGCAGUCGUUAUGGUUAUUAUUGUCGAAAAUUUCCCCACAUAUCUUAGAACAAUGGCAGUUAGUGUAACGAUGGUAUUUGGACGCCUUGGGGCUGUUGUGGGUAAUUUAUUAUUUCCCGUUUUAUUCGCUUUAGGGUGCCUUGGUCCUUUUAUUAUGAUUGGAGCCGCAUGUCUGGUUUGUGCAGUUCUCACAUUAUUUUUACCGAGAAAAAGAAAGGAACAAAUUGGACCAUGAGAAUCAAGUGAUCAAAUUUCAAUGAGACUGAUAUAGAGAAGAAAAAGUAUUUUUCUUUUUUUUGAAAGACAUUAAGUAAUUAAAUUUAAAAAAAAAUUUAUCUUACAUAAAAUUUUUUGUAUUUAAAUUAUCGUGAUUUUAUAAAUAAGCAUUUAUUUCUUAUUAAAACCAGAAAAGAACUAGAAGCCAAAAAAAUAUGUUUAUUAGAUUUAAAAUUGAAAAAAUUAUUUAUUAAUUCCGUAAGAAAAACAUUUUUGUUUUAUUAAAACUAACUUUCAUUGUUCAAAAUGCAGUUUUCAAUCAUUUUUAUCCUGCAAAAAAUAUUAAUAAAGUUUAAAACUUUUUUGCCACUAGAUUCUUUUCUUGUGACUCGAUCAUAUAACAGUGAAUUGUAAAUAGUAUUUCCUAAGAGAUUUAAAACUAUUUUUUACAAGUGUGAAUAUGUGUAAAUGUGAAUAGAUAGAAAAAAAAUUAGUAAAUACUUAUAAAAAAAAAAAUUGUAAUAAUUAAGAGUGUCUACAUUUUUGUACAAACUAUUAAAUGUUUUUUUCUAUUCUUGUAAUAAAAUUUUUUUAAUUGA